AUGUAUUUCCAGCGUUCAUCUUCUUCAUCAUCCUUGAGAAUGGGUUCUUCCCUCUCUGUGGAAAAUCCACACCAUAUUCUCAUCUCACCAAACGCCAUCUUUUCUGCAGGCUUUAUAGCCGUUGGUGAGAACGCAUAUUCAUUUGCAAUAUGGUUCACAGAGCCUCAUUUUCACAGCCCCAGCACUGUCACAUGGAUGGCAAACCGUGAUCAACCUGUCAAUGGAAAACGCUCCAAAAUUUCCCUCACAAACGAUGGCAACGUUGUCUUAGUUGAUGCUUCUUACAACACUGCUUGGUCUUCAAACACCGAUUCGUUAGACCCAGUAGAGUUGCAUCUCAGAGACGACGGUAAUCUAGUGUUACGCCAGCUUCAAGGAACCGUUCUGUGGCAAAGUUUCGAUUUUCCGACCGACACUCUCGUUCCUGGUCAGCCUCUUACCAGAUACACACAUCUUUUGUCUUCAAGAAGCCACACUAACCAUUCAUCUGGUUUCUACAAGCUGUAUUUCGGCGAUGAUAACAUUCUUCGUCUUCUAUAUGAUGGCCCUGAUGUUUCAAGCUCCUACUGGCCUAGUCCCUAUCGUGUAAGUUGGGAUGUUGGUAGAACUUUAUUCAAUAGCAGUAGAAUUGCUGUGUUGAAUUCUUUUGGGAGAAGGUUGAAACUGGACCCUGAUGGUAAUUUCCGAGUGUAUAGUCGAAAUAGUGUGUUAGAGAAGUGGUAUGUUUCGUGGCAAGCAAUUACUAAUGGCUGCCAGAUUCAUGGGGUUUGUGGAGCCAACAGCACGUGUGCUUAUGAUCACGAGAGGGGGAAAAAGUGUGAGUGUCUUCCAGGGUACAGAUGGAACAACCUCAGUGAUUGGUCUCAUGGGUGUAAGCCCAUGUUUGAUCUCACCUGCGAUCAGAAUGAGUCUACCUUCUUGGAGAUGCAGGGUGUGGAAUUUUACGGGUAUGAUUUUUAUUAUGUAGAAGUUAGUAAUUUUACGGCUUGUGAGAAACUGUGCUUGCAAAAUUGUAGUUGUGUAGGGUUUCAGCACUCCUAUACUGACAAAAAGGGCAUAGCCUUCAAGUGUUAUACCAAAACACAAUUGCUCAACGGAAGGCGUUUACCCAGAUUCACAGGAACAACAUACUUGAGAGUGACCAAAGGUUAUACGUUCUCUGUGAAAGAAUCUUCUACUGACAGUGCACAUGUUCUUCGAGUUUGUUCAGUUCAACUUCAAAGAGAUUAUGUAAAGUCACACGGAAGCCGUAUUGUGAUUGUUUUUCUGUGGUUUGCUUCCGCACUUGGAGCUUUUGAAAUGGUUUGUGCUUUCGUGAUUUGGUGCUUCCUAAUUAGAACCAACCGAAAGUCUAAUGCAGAUCAAAAGGGGUACCAUCUUACAGCAACGGGAUUCAGAAAAUUUAGCUACUCCGAGUUGAAAAAGGCUACAAAGGGGUUCAGUAAGGAGAUUGGAAGAGGUGGGGGAGGGGUUGUGUACGAAGGUAUUUUAUCAGAUGAAAGACAUGCAGCAAUUAAGAGACUGAAUGAAGCUAAACAAGGAGAAGGAGAAUUCCUUGCUGAAGUGAGCCUCAUUGGAAAGCUUAACCACAUGAACUUGAUUGAAAUGUGGGGAUAUUGUGCUGAGGGAAAGCAUAGGUUGUUGGUGUAUGAGUAUAUGGAGAAUGGUUCUUUGGCACAAAAUCUUUCAUCCAACUCCCUUGAUUGGAGUAUGAGAUACAACAUUGCAAUUGGAACUGCAAGAGUUCUAGCAUAUCUGCAUGAAGAAUGCUUGGAGUGGAUUUUGCACUGUGAUAUAAAGCCACAAAAUAUACUUUUAGAUUCCAAUUAUGAGCCAAAGUUAGCAGACUUUGGCUUGUCGAAGCUCCUCAACAGAAACAACCCCAACAAUCCAAGCAUCUCUAUGAUCAGAGGGACCAGAGGGUAUAUGGCACCAGAGUGGGUUCUUAACUUGCCAAUCACAUCCAAGGUGGAUGUUUAUAGUUAUGGAAUUGUUGUUUUGGAACUGGUAACUGGAAAAAGCACAAGUGUCCAAGAAAUUGAUGGUGGAGAGACAUAUGAUGGGAGGCUAGUGGCAUGGGUGAGAGAAAAAAGAAGCAACACCAACUCAGAUUGGGUGGAACAAAUAGUUGAACCUGCUAUUGGACCUGAUUAUGAUAGAAGUAAGAUGGAAAUGUUGGCAACAGUGGCUUUGAACUGUGUAAUGGAAGACAGAGAUUCAAGGCCUACCAUGAGCCAAGUAGUUGAGAUGCUUCAAGGUCAUGGAAGUGAAUCUGAUCAAUGA